AUGAAUCGGAACGAACCAGAACGGUACCGGUACGUCCCGUUCCGUCGCCCAGUCUUAGGUGAAGAUGAUAAUGGAGAAAAUAGCAUAAAGAAAAUCCUAAAACUCAUCUAUGAUUAUCUACCAUCUCCACAUCUGAAAAAAUGCUUUGCUUACUAUGCAAUGUUUCCAAAAGAUUUUGAGUUUGAAAAGGAUCAACUAAUCCAACUCUGGAUGGCGGAAGGCUUUCUCCAUUCAUGUCAAGAGAUCACCGUAAUGGAAGUUAUCGGGAACAAGUUCUUUCAACUCUUGUUGCGAAAUUCCUUGCUACAAGAUGUUAAGUUAGAUGAGCACAAUAUUACACACUGUAAGAUGCACGAUCUUGUGCAUGAUUUGGCUGGAGAUAUCUUCAAAUAUAAAAUGUUUGAUACGAUUGGCGAUGGUAGAGAAAAUCUUUCUCAAGUUUCAGGAAUCAAGGAGUUGUCAGCCAAAAUCGGGAAGCUAAUAUACUUGAAAUAUCUUGAUCUCUCAGACACUAACAUCACAGCCUUGCCCCACUCCAUUUGCGAGCUCUAUAAUUUGCAAACAUUUAGAGUAAAUGGCUGUUAUUCACUCGGUGAACUUCCAUUUGAGAUGGGAAAUACGAUAAGUUUGAGACACAUAUAUUUCCAUUCUCGGUCUCAGAUGCCACUAAACAUGGGACAAUUGACUUCUUUUCAUACUCUACAAUAUUUCAAUGUGGUUUUAGAGAAAGGUCGUCGUAUAGAAGAAUUAGGUCGUCUGAAGAACCUUAGAGGUGAAUUGACAAUCAAUGAUCUCCAAUUGGUCCAUAAUAGAGAAGAAUCUCGAAAAACAUAUUUACAAGAGAAAUCAAAUGUUUACAAGCUGUCAUAUGUGUGGUUCCAUGAUGAACAAGAAUGCUGUGAAACCAGUGAUGAGAAUGUGUUGGAUGGUCUUCAACCGUAUCCUAACUUGAAAACCUUAGAAGUGAAGAACUAUUUGGAUACUAGAUUUCCUUUAUGGUUUAGAGACAAAUUGCUACCAAACUUUAUCAACUUGAAAUUAAGUGGUUGCAAAAGAUGCAAAGAAAUUCCAUCGCUUGGCCAACUGAAAUUCCUUCAGCAUCUUGAGCUGUUAGGGUUACAUAAGGUAGAAUGCAUCAAACCUACCUUUUAUGGUAUUGAUGGUAACAAUAUUGGAUCAAGCAGCAAUAUCCAAGUGUUCCCAUCAUUGAAAGAACUAGUAUUGGAGGAUAUGCCUAGCCUUAUUGAGUGGAAGGGAGAUGAAGUUGGAGUAAGAAUGUUCUCUAGGCUUGAGAAGUUGAGGAUUAGUAACUGUCCAUUGUUAAAAAGUACUCCAAGUCAAUUUCAAAUCCUCCGUGAAUUAACAAUUGAAGAAGUUGACAGUGCAAUGCCAUUGUUGAACUUGUGCAGCAACUUGACUUCUCUCAUAACACUUAGUGUCUAUUCUGUGAAAGAUCUCACUUUUUUCCAGAUGAGAUGCUAUGCAACGACGUUUCACUUUAAGACCUAUGGAUCUCAGACUGCAGAGAGUUUCAAGAAUUGUCACAAAGCUUGUACAAUCUCCAUUCUCUUAAGAGCUUAAGGAUUAACCUCUGCACCAAUUUCAGUUCCUUUCCUGUUCCCACUGGUGAGAAUUAUUUGACUUUCCUCCAAAGUUUUCGAUUAUGGAACUGUGAUGGAUUGACCAGUUUACCAAGUGGGAUGCUAGAGCAUUGUCGAUCUCUGAAAUCUUUGAAGGUCUUCAACUGUAACAACUUAAUUUCCUUCCCUUUACAUAUUGGGAAAAUGCCUUCACUUUCAUAUUUGAAUAUAUCACAAUGUCCCAAAUUAAUUCGUGUACUCGCAGGGGGCCUUCACCAUCUCAUUGGAUUACUGUAUUUGGAAAUCGGUCCUUUCUCAGAAAUGGUGGAUUUUGAGGCAUUCCAAUAUAUUUUUAAUGGCAUUCAGCAGCUAUUGUCCCUUCAUAGGUUGUGUGUAUUUGGACAUUUGCACUGGCAUUCUCUCCCCUGUCAGCUUAUGCAACUCUCUGACCUAAGACAUAUCCAUAUAUAUGAUUCCGGAAUCCAGGCUCUUCCUCAUAGAUUUGAGAACCUUACUUCUCUUGAAACCUUAGAGCUAAGGAGGUGCAAACGGCUACAACAUCUUGACUUCUCAGAUGCCAUGCCCAAAUUACAGCAUCUCCAUAUCCAGGAUUGUCCAUUGUUAGAAGCUCUGUUGGAUGGGCUCGGCAACCUUGUUUCUUUGCAAGAGUUAGUUUUAUGAACAUGCGAGAAACUAGAGCAUCUGCCAUCUAAAGAUGCCAUGCAACGCCUCACCAAAUUGUGGAACCUGGAA